AUGUCUAUGGACUUUGAAUCAGCCGCGCAGCGGUGCGCAGAGGGUCUUGCCGCCAAGAGUCUCCAGAUCGUAAACCAGCUUCGAGGCGCCUUGUAUCAAAAACCAGAUCCCGCUGUCGCCGCGUGGUGGGAUGGCGUGGAAUGGAUGAAGGUGAUAUCUUCUUUUUUUGGACGAGAAGAGAUUUCUAUCCACUUGCAACAUUUCCCCCCGUUGCGAUCGUCCUCGCUAUUCACGUACUACCAGGGCAUGCAUGUAGAACCUCGUUUGUUGCCUGCGACAGUUGUCCGCCUUGCUGCGCUACCACUGGCGGAUUUCUACUUCCCAACAAAGCCAGUGGUACGACGCAUUGUUUACGGGAUUUCUGCUGUCUUCUUGUUGAUAGAACUUUUCCCCUCCGUUGCGUGGCCGUUGAUUCACAACACCGUGCUAUGGAUGCUCAGAGGGUGGCGCUGUGUUUUCGGUACAUCGCAGUCUCUCUAG